AUGUUCUUGUUUUAUAACCUCUUGGUAUUACUAACUAUAAUUCCUAUUCUGGAAGCUUGCCAUCCUCGAUUUGAGAAAGAGCUACGUUAUUUGGAUCUCUAUCUUGGUAUACAACCAGAUAAUGGAGGGGAGAUACCGUCGAAGGAUGCUGAACAACACGCCUCGUAUAUUCCUUCAUCAGAAUCUCUCGACUGUGACUUUGAAAGUGAAUGUUUGUGGAAAAACGCACCAAGCGAUGGUCUCCUUGACACAUCAGAUUUCUGGUAUUUCAAGAAAACUGACGACAAGAUCCUUCCUGUUCAGAUUCAACCUGGUAGAGCAGAUAUACCUAAGGGAUCACAUCUUCUGCUGGCUGGAAACACCUCAUCUGUAGCUGACGGUGCCGUGAUUGUUAGCGCUCCUGUGGCAUGUCAAAGAAGUCCCGGAAAUCUCAAAUUUCAUUACUGGUUGUACAAUCAAGGAAGAAUAGAAGUAAUCGUCAUUCGUGCCACGCACAGGAGAAGACGUAUACAAACACUGUUUCGACCAAGAAUUAAUUGUCACAUUCUUCGACCGGGUAACGAUGUCUGCACAGUACAGAUUCCCAUAGUUAAAGUGCCGUUCCGACUAGCUAUUCGGGCAUUCAAUCUCAAGGACAAUGUUGUAGGCAGUAUGGUAAUGCUCAAAAAUAUUACUUAUCGUGCAGAAACGUGUGCCGAAUCGCCAUUCCCAUCGAUAUUUGGCUCGAUUCCGUUGAUACCACAGUCGUCAACGCUAAUUAAAAGCUUCUCUGAACUGGACUGUGACCGGCCACGAUCAAAGUGCAGGUGGAGUAAUGCGGAGUCGACGGUGUCAGAGUGGCGAAUUGGACGCAAUGUCGACGGAUGGAGCGAGUUCAUGGAGGUUGGGCUCUUACCAUCGCAUCCAACGUCGACGUUUUUGUUUCUCGCCGUGGACUCACUUUCUCCGAGAAGAUAUGCAACACUUCGCAGUGAACUUAUCCCUUGUACACAGACGACUACGACACUGUCUAUGAAGUAUUGGUUGAAAGCUGGUACGCAAGUCGAAGUAUGUGCAGUAGACAUCGAAGGUGUAGCUCUCAGUUGUGCCUACUUGAGUGAAGAGGACUCACCUGGACCAAUUGAAAUAGAUGUGGACGCCUAUAAUCAGCCUUUCAGGUUUACCUUGGAAAUGAUUGCAUUCGAUGAAUCUUCGAUUGGCUUGGUGGUAAUAUCAGAGAUCCACUUGAAAGGUCUUCUGUGCUCUGAAGAACCACCACCAGUUGUUACGACCAUUGAUCCUCCAACGAUAGCAUCUCUAUUUGGGCUACAACAAGGUCCUGGCCCCAAUGUACCGUAUUCUCUGGACUUGAGCUGCGAUUUCUCACAAGACCAUUGCAGUCAGUGGGUUAACGAUGAUGGUCUGGUGUCUUAUGGAGUAGUACCAAUGAAUAGCAAGAAAUUCCCCUUUUUACAUCCAAAUCAUAUAAUGAGUAUAUCGGCGUCAUCAGAGAAGCCGUUUGAGUUCUCCAUCGUAGCGGCUUCUCGUAAGAACGCCGUGGUCGUCAUUAGUUCAAUUUCCACCUCUGGUUACGUGUGCACACUUAAAACUGCCGAGGAAUUGAUGUGUAGCAAAAUAUUGUGUCCUUUCAAUGAACAUCUUUGUAAUUACGAGUCCGUUCUGGAAAAAGAAGAUGAUGUCCCAUUGACCAUCGGACCUCUAGGAGCAGUCGCUACGAUAGGCAAAGGAAAACACCGAGCAAUACUCCGUAGUGCUCGGUUCUAUCUGAUUUCAACCGUUGUACUGAACAUUACCGUCACUCAAGCCACUUAUGGAUCUCGCGUUCUACUCUGUCCAGAUAGCACAAGCGAUUUCGAGUCCUGUCAUGAACUCUUGGGUCCUCGUGUGGAGAAACCGAUAAAAAGAAGUGUGCUGUUCCAACUAGACGAUGAAGCUCACCAAUUUGCCGUCGUACUCUUCCACGACAAAGCCGAGCAGUUCGGCCCUGCUCAGUUCACCAUUCAUUCCAUAGACCUCAAAUCUGCAGAUGGAGCAGAGAUAUGCCAGCCAUAG